GAGUGAAAGGAGUCUCCUUUUUGUCUCUAUCAGUCGUCUCCAUUUUCAGUUUUUAUCGAAGAAAAAAAUAUUCUUCCUUUACUUUGGCGAUUUGCUUCCUCCUCUCUCUCUCUCCUUACUCUCCGGCUUUAUCAAAAUCUCUUUUCCUUGGAGACGACGGAUCCAAUCAACGAGACUCGUAUGAGGAUUCUUCAGAUUCCGACGCGUUCUUGAUUCAUCCGUCUCUUCAGUCCUGAGCUUUACGCAGUUUGCCCACCAAGUGUUCGUUGAAAUUCCGCAGAGAGAUGAAGGAUUUUCCUUCUUGCUUUGGUGAAAAUGGAGUCCAAGUUGCGGAUUCAUCGCCUUCAAACUCCGGGAAGAACGCUCAGAAUCUGGUCACUUGCAUCUACCAGUGCCGUAUUCGAGGAAGGACUUGUUUGAUCACUGUGACGUGGGCCAAGACUCUGAUGGGUCAGAGUGUGACCGUUGGUGUUGAUGAUUCUUGUAACCAGAGCCUCUGUAAAGUCGAGAUUAAGCCCUGGCUUUUCACUAAACGAAAAGGGUCCAAGAGCUUAGAGGUUUAUUCCUGUAGCAUCGAUGUUAUUUGGGAUCUGGCGUCUGCGAAGUUUGGAUCAGGACCUGAAGCUUUGGGAGGAUUCUACGUGGGCGUUGUUGUAGACAAGGAGAUGGUUCUGCUUCUCGGUGAUAUGAAGAAAGAAGCUUUCAAGAAGACGAACGCUUCGCCUUCCUCUAGAGGUGCGGUGUUCGUCGCCAAGAAAGAGCAUGUCUUUGGUAAGAGAGAGUUCGCAACGAAGGCUCAGCUUUGUUCAGAUGGGGUUAGAAUACAUGAUCUUGUGAUUGAGUGUGACACGAGCGUCACUGAUCCUUGUCUCGUUGUUCGUGUGGAUGGGAAGACGUUGUUGCAGGUGAAGCGUCUUAAGUGGAAGUUUCGUGGGAACGAUACAAUAGUUGUUAAUAGAAUGGCUGUGGAAGUUCUGUGGGAUGUUCAUAGUUGGUUAUUUGGGAUGCCUUCUUCAGCGGGAAACGCAGUGUUCAUGUUCAGGACUUGUCAAUCUUCUUCGGAUAAGAGCUUGUCUUUCUCACAGGACAUCAUGGCAACAACAACAACAACGAACUCCAAGUCUCAAAGUUCUGGUUUUUCGUUGAUUCUGUAUGCUUGGAAGAACGAGUAGAAAAAACCUUCAAAGCCUGUUUGUUGAUUCCUUAUCAACAUUUGUUAUUUAUAUCAUGAUUAAUGAGUUGAUUCAUAAUUGGUUUCUGCAAAUAUAAUCUUCCUUGCACAAUGCUGGAACAUGAUCUCUGUAUACAUGAGUUACUUAUGUCAUAUAGAAACUGUUUCAUUCUUCAGGU